CCUAUAUAAUUAACGCCACCCCACCCCCACCCCUCCAUACCUUGUAUUCCUUUCCUCCUCGCCUCAAGCUCUCCUCAAGAUGAGGUCUCGAGUGCUCUCUUUCUUCUUCUUCUUCUUGUUGUUUGCCCUUGGUUGUUCGGCCCACAUACGGCGGCCCGCUCUGAAGCACGCCGGGUUUCUAAGCCGCGGGAGCUUCCCGGAGGGCUUCGUGUUCGGGACGGCAGCGUCGGCGUACCAGGUGGAGGGGAUGGCGCUCAAGGCAGGGCGUGGCCCAUGCAUCUGGGACACCUUCGUCAGGAUCCCAGGUAAUAUUGCAGGCAACGCCACCGCCGACGUGACGGUGGACGAGUACCAUCGCUACAAGGAAGAUGUGGACAUCAUGAAGAAGAUGAAUUUUGAUGCUUAUCGAUUCUCAAUCUCUUGGUCCCGAAUUUUCCCAAAUGGAACUGGAACAGUGAACUGGAGAGGUGUCCACUAUUACAACAGACUGAUCAAUUACAUGUUAAAGCAAGGCAUUACUCCGUAUGCAAAUCUCUACCACUAUGAUCUCCCACAAGCACUUCAAGAUGAGUAUCUCGGCUGGUUGAGCCCUAAGAUAGUGGAGGCAUAUGCAAACUUUGCUGAUUUUUGUUUCAAGACAUAUGGGGAUAGAGUGAAAAACUGGUUCACGUUCAAUGAGCCCAGGGUGGUGGCAGCUCUUGGGUAUGAUGAUGGCACUCAUGCCCCUGGAAGGUGCACCAACUGUUCAGCCGGAGGGAACUCCUCUACAGAACCAUACAUUGUGGCCCAUCAUCUAAUCUUAUGUCAUGCUGCUGCAGUGAAGAGAUAUCGUGAGAAGUAUCAGGUCCAUCAGCAAGGCAGGAUAGGAAUACUCUUGGACUUUGUUUGGUAUGAACCUCUUACCAACUCGAUCAGCGACCAGGAAGCAGCUCAUAGAUCUAGGGACUUCCAUAUUGGAUGGUUCCUGCACCCUAUAACAUAUGGCGAGUAUCCGAAAACGAUGCAAGAGAUUGUCAAAGAGAGACUUCCUAAGUUCACCCGUGAAGAAGUUGAGAUGGUAAAAGGAUCGAUAGACUACGUUGGGGUUAACCAAUAUACGUCUUACUACAUUAAGGACCACCCAACGACCUCGCAGACUCCAGUUAGCUACUCGGCAGACUGGCAUGUCACAUUUGCUUACGAUCGUGACGGUGUGCCAAUUGGACCACGAGCGCACUCUGACUGGCUCUACAUUGUCCCGUGGGGGAUGUACAAGGCUGUGACUUAUGUUAAGGAGACUUACGGCAAUCCAACUAUCAUUCUAUCUGAAAAUGGAAUGGACCAGCCCGGUAACGUAACUCUUCCUGGGGCCUUGUGGGAUACUGUGAGGAUCAAUUAUUACAGGAGCUAUAUAGCUAAACUCAAGGAGGCAAUCGACGAUGGGGCCAAUGUGGUAGGCUACUUUGCUUGGUCUCUGCUUGAUAAUUUCGAGUGGAAGUUAGGAUACACAUCGAGGUUUGGCCUGGUCUAUGUGGACUACAGCACCCUUGAGCGAUACCCGAAGAAUUCAGCAUAUUGGUUCAGGAACAUGCUUAAGGGAAAGAAUAACUGAUCUUAUUGUCAGCAUUAAGACAUGUAGGAUAGUUAGUAACUUGGUAUAGCAUUAGUAAGCUGUUCAAAAACCUUAUGCAAUUUAGUCUUUCAGCAGAGCUCGAAUGUAUUUUUUUUAUCCAAUUUUAAUUACAGCAUGUUUUAGAGACUACUAUUUGUUGUGGUUA